AUGGAAGAAAUUGGGACUUGUAUAGCGACCAAGCUUGCAGAGUGUCUAUGGGAUCCAAUUUCACGUCGCGCUCGUUAUUUGUUUUGCUUCAACCAAUUCAAUGGAGGUUUUGAGAAAGCAAAAGAAGGGCUGGAGGUGACAUUAGCAGACUUGAACAAGCGCAAGGAAGAAGCUGAUCGAAAAAUUGAAGAAAUAAUGCCAUCUGUGAGGAAGUGGUUGGAUGAUGUGAAUGCUAUCCUAGAGGAGGUGCAAAAGGUGCAACAGGAGGUUGAACGAGAAGGAAAGAAAUGUUUUAACAUGUCACUCAAGUAUUCCUUAGCAAAACAAAUGGAUGAUGUGGCUGAGCAAAUGAAGGAACUCAAGAGCAAUUCCCACUUUGAUCCAUUUUCCCAGUCGAUCCCACUUCCUGACAUUACCUACUUCCCUUCCAAAGAGUUUGUGGAUUUCAACUCCAGAAAAUCGACUUAUAAUCAUCUUUUGGAGGCAGUUAAAGAUGGCAAGAACAAGAUGAUUGGGCUCUAUGGUAUUGGCGGUUCAGGUAAAACCACUUUGGCAAAAGAAGUAGGCAAGACAAUGCAUGAUUUGAAGCUUUUUGACAAGUUCAUCAUGGUGGUUGUUUCGAAACCUCCAAAUGAAGUAAAAAUUCAGCAAGAAAUAGCAGACCAAAUUGAUUUGAAAUUUGAUGUGGCCACUCAAUCUGUAAGAGCACAAAGGCUAUCAGAAAGAUUGAGAAGUAUGAAAAUUCUUAUAAUCUUGGAUGAUGUGUGGAGUAAUGAUCUAAACUUUCAAGAAAUUGGUAUUCCGAUUAAUGAAAAUUGUUGUGUUUUGUUAACUACUCGUCUUCGAGAUGUUUGUGUCUUUAUGGGUUGUGAGGAAAAUUUUGAAUUGUCUCUCUUGAUAGAGGAGGAAGCAUGGGAUUUGUUAAAGAUGCAUGCAAACUUAACCCAUGACACAUUGAAUGAGUUUGUUGGUGUGGGAAAGAAAAUUGUUGAUGAGUGCAAGGGACUACCUAUUGCAAUUGUGACAGUGGGAAAGGCAUUAAGAGGAAAAGGUAUUCGGGACUGGAAGUUAACACUACGGAGGCUACAACAAUCCCUACCAUUGGAUAUUGAUGAGAGUUUAAGGGGCCCUUAUGCAUGUCUCAAAUUGAGUUAUGAUUAUUUGCCAAGUCUAGCAAAGCACCUCUUCCUAUUGUGCUCUAUGUUUCCUGAGGAUCAUCAAAUUCAUAGAGAGGAUCUUGUUCGAUUUGCCAAACGGACUUUGGAAGUUGAGGGGAUUGUUUACACGAUGGAGGAUGCAAGGAGGGAGAUUUUAGUAAGCAUUGACAGGCUAUUAGAUUCUUGUUUAUUAAUGCAUACAAAUGAGCAAGCAUGUGUAAAAAUGCAUGACUUAGUUCGGGAUGUAGCUUUGUGGAUUGCGAGGGAGCAACAUCAAGCAAUUUUGGUGGAUAGCAAUGCGGUUUCAAAAAUGUUGGCUGAAAAUGAAAGUUUGAAAGAGACAAAGGUAAUAUCAUUAUGGAAUCUGGAAGGCAAUUUUUGGCAGUCUAAUCAAUUGCAUUGUCCAACACUUGAGGUUCUGCUACUUCAUCCCAAAGGGUUCAUUGAAGAUCUUGGAGGGAUUGAAGCGCUCAAAAUCUUGGUCCUUGCAACAUCUAGCUUUCAAUGGAAAGGACUUGGUUGGCGUACACAAAUUCAAUGGUCAAUGCCGCAAUCAAUUGUGUCAUCAUUAAUUAAUCUUCAUACCUUAUGCUUCAGAGGAAUUGCAUUGGAUGACAUCUCUUUUCUAGGUCAACUCAAAGGAUUAGAGAUUCUUGACUUGCGUGGUUCUCAAUUUGGUGAAUUACCUAUUGGAAUUGUAGGUAUGAAAAAAUUGAAGCUGCUGGAUGUGUUUGGGUGUGAAAUUGAAAAAAGUCCUCUUGGAAUUAUUGGAAAAUGUGAGCAACUUGAGGAAUUAUACUUUUGGGAAAAGAAAUCUGCCAUAUCAGAAAAUUUCUCUCUUUCGAGGUUGAAGAGGUACGUUAUCUAUGACACCACAUCAUUGAAUAUUUCUAGUUAUGAAGAUCCUCCUUUUGUAGAAUAUUUUGAUGCUCAUUGCAUUGAAGAACUGAGAGCUUUAUGCAUACAAGGCUUCAAAGCCUCUGUUUCGAAUUCGUCAAUGAAAGAUCUCAUUCUUGGAGCAAACUGUCUUUGGUUAGACAAUUGUAGGUGGGAUCUUAAUGAUAUAAAUUUUGAAAUAAAGCACUUAGCAAUUUCACGCUGUCUGGAGAAGAUAUUCAUAGCUGAUAACAUGAGCGCCAACAUUCUUCAAAUAGGACGAGUGUUCUCCCACCUGAUUAGUUUAAGAUUGAGAAACAUGAAUAGUCUUGAACAAGUGUUCCAAGAUUCAUCGAUCACAUGUUCUCUUCCGAUGUUUGUUUCUACAGAGCUGUCCAGAAUUGGGAACCUGCAUCUUCACCUAUGCCACUGUUACAAGCCUACCGAAGCUGAGGAAACUUGA